AACCAAAAAUCAGCCGACAGGUUUGUGAACCAGAGUUUCUCACUGUGUGGGAGUUAUAACUACCCGAUCUUUGGAUCUGGAACCAAACUGUAUGUAAACGGUGAUCCGGUAGUGCAGCCCGUGGUGAGCGUGUACCCAGCAGCAUCCAGCGCCCAGCGGGACAGGAAGGGCUUCCUGCUGUGUCUGGCCUCAGGCAUGUUUCCUCCUGAGGUCCAGAUCUCCUGGACAAGACUGGAGGACGGUGGAGAGAAGGAUCUGACCUCUGGAGAGCAGCUGGAGCUCAGAGAGCCGAACCGCACCGCCUCCAUCUUACUGGUGGAUCGGGAUCAACGCAACACAUCUAGAUACCGCUGCUCUGUGCGGCAUGAGGGGGGCCCAGUGGAGGCCCCAGCAACACAAGAGCUUCCAGCUGCAGCAGCCUCCUGUCCUCCACAGAGUCCAGACCAGGCAGAUCAGCUGCAGCUCGACUUGUCCUUCCAGGCUCAGUGCAGGGUGAAGCUGCUCUGCCUGCUCUACUCAGUGCUGAUAGUGAAGAGUCUGGUGUACUGCUGUGGACUCUCUCUGCUGAUGGUCCUCAGGACCAAGGGACCGGCCCCCAGCUGAACCCUCUGCUGCAGCUGCAGCAACGCAGGAUUUUAUUAUUAAUCACUGAAAAUCAUUUAUUCAACUUUAGCUUCAUUUUAAUUAGUUCUGGAGCUUCUUUGGUUUUAUAAAGUCAGAUAUUCUCAGCCAAUCAGACGUCAGAGCGAUCUGCUAUGAAGGAAACUAAAUCAGUUCAAGAAGAUUUAAUGUCAUUGACUUUAAUAAAAGUUUAGUUUUUAACACAUUUUCCUAGAAAAAUGUCAGAUUUGAUCCAGAAUGACAUGAAUUAAUUCAAUGUUGAUUAUUUUAAUGCAGUUUUAUUGUAAUUAUGUACCAAAUGACUCUUUACCAUAAAUAUUCAUAAAACUCCAUGUUUAUAAUUUCAUGUCAGUCUGAUUCUGACCCCUUCAAAUAAAGUUUUACAAAACAUUUAGAAUAAUUCAGAAAAAUUAAAAAUGUUUCUUUCAAGUUUAUUUUGCAAAGAUGUAAAAACUCUGAUUUUGUCCAAAUGUUUUUCUACAGUUUUUUCUUUAUUCUGCAUGUAGUUUUUGCUGUGAAUAAAUCCUGACAGAAUAAAUCAGUUUUCUAUUUUCUAC